CUGACCUUUUACCUACACAUUACCGACAGUCAUCCAAACAGUCAUGUGUUCACAGUAGCGGCCCCGUGUGUGUGACUAACAGCCCGCUGAGUCGGUGAUCACCGGUUACCGGACCCGGUUAAUCAGCAGCGAGCAGGUUAGCUAGCAGGCCGAGCGGAGUUCGGAACUAAGCGCCAAAAAAGAUGGAGGAAUUUCUGUGUGAGUGUGAGCGAGCCAUGAAGGUAAAACACACACACACACACACACACACACACACACACACACACACACACACACACACACACACACACACACACACACACUUAGCAUCAGUUAGCCUGUGAGCUCAGUUUUAUUAACAAUUUUCUCCUGUUUCCGUCGAUGUUAAUGUUUUUGUUGUUUACAAGGUUUGUUGAAAAAAACUGAGGCAGAAAUCAUGGUUUAGACAACAUUAAAUCCCUUCCGGUGAUUUUAACCUUUCAAAGUAAACUUCCGGUCAACGGCUGUCUACAAUGAACGUGCUAAUAUCAUAGUAUAUAGAAGCAGAAUAAACAGCCUGAUAAUGUGUGUGGGGUUGAUUUAAAAGCUUGAGGUGAAAACACUUAUGGUGGCCGGGAACCACCACUGCUGCUGCUGCAAAAAAAAGAAUGAAUAGCAGAAACCGAAGCAUGCUGCAAAAAAAAACAAACAAACAAAAAAAAAAAAAACAGUGCAGAUAAAAAAAAAAGCAACAACGGAAGUAAACGACAAAAAUAAAAAGUCACAACAAAAGUUACUGCUGCAAAAAAAAAAGAAACUGAAGCCCGCUGCAAAUAAAAAAAUGAACAACAAAAAAAGAAAGAAACCGAAGUACACUGAAACUUAAAAAAAGGAUCAUAAAAGAAACCAAAGCUUACUGCAAAUAAAAAAAUAAAUGGUCCAGGUUAAAAAUAAAAAGCGGCAACGGAAGUUAAAGAUGCAAACCAAAAGUCCAAAUGAAGUUGAACUGGAGGAUGUCAGUGUAGUGUUGGCUUCAGUUUAACUUUAUAUCGACUCAGGCGCUACAUGGCCUAACACAUUGAAAAGUUUACGAAGUGAAAUUAAACAAUAACCUUCCACUUACUUCUUUGCUCGUCUUCUCGCCAUCGUCUUCUGUGCCUAGAUCAUAAAACACUGGUGCAUCAUUAUUUUUGGUCCCCGACAGCUCACUUCUGCUGUGGCUUUUUUUAUUUACAUCCUUUUAUUUUCGCAGUAAGUACCUUUUUUUUUCUUUUUUUUUCCAUUGACCUUUUUUUUGCAUCGUUCACUUCUGUUGUUGGCUUUUUUUAUAUAUAUAUCUGCACCAUUUCUUUUUUUAUUUGCAGUGGGCUUCGGUUUUCUCCUUUUUUUUAGUUUUUUUUAGCAUCAUUAACUUCUGUUGACUUCUUUUUUUAUGUAUCCUUUUUUUUAUUUGCAGCAGUGGCAUUUCUCAGCCACCGUAAACACUAGACUGUAAGAAAAUAAUGAUGAUUACAAUAACACUCUUACAUUAACAUACUCUUGUUUUUGUUUUGAAGCUGUCUGAUAAAAUGACUGGAACAUUUAAACCAAAAAACUUCUUAAAACGUUUGCAUCUCAGUGGCUCCAGAAUAAAAUCAUUUUCUUUUUUGUAAAUAUCAAAAAUAAAAAUGUUGAAAUUGUUUGAUUCUAACCUCUCUUCCACUCUGCUAACAAAUCCUCCAGGUGAGCCCUGGUGAGGCGGGUUCAGGGUUCCAUAUCGUCCUGGGAAACGAGGCCUGUGACGUGGACUCCAUGGUGUGUGCUUUGGCCUACGCUUACUUCCUGUCCAAGGUGAGAGUCUGACCAAUCAGAGUCAGGCAGGUGUUUGUUGUGAAAGAGGUGUGAAAGAGGAACAAGAUGGCUACAUCUACAAAAGUUAUUCUAGCGCUUGUCUUGUUCGAAUAUAAGGCAAGCGCUAAAAUAACUUUGAUUUUGUUUUUUUCCGACUUGGUAACUGAAACACUGGGAACUCUGGUGUGACAUCAUUUUCAACUCCGACAUCUGACUUCCGAGGUAACUCGAACGCAGCAUAAAUAUCUCUCUCCCUCUCUGUCUCUCCUUCUCUUCCUCUCUCAGACUGCUAACAGCCCACCGCUCGCUCUCCCUCUGAUGAACGUCCGCCAGUCGGACUUCAUGCUUCGUUCAGAUAACCUCUUCCUCCUCCGUCAGCUCUCUCUCUCCCCUGAUCACCUGAUCUUUAGAGAUCAGAUCAACCUGCGAGCGCUUCAUCAAGCAGGACGCCUGAAACUGACACUGGUGGACCACAACAUCCUGCCCAGGUAGCCCCGCCCACCACACAGAUAGUCAUAAAUACCAUAUAAAAAACCACGCCCAUCUGAAAGGUGUAUGGGAAGGUGUACUCAGCAGAAAAUAACUCCCAUUAUCAACAGCUGACAGGUAGACACAACCACCAAUCAGGGCGCCAAGAAGUUAAAAAUGCCAGUUUACAGGAUGUUACCUUUUAUGGAUAUGCCACCUUAAACUUCUGCCAUGUGCCAUGUCACAUGAUCACCCUGUGUCUCAUUACCUGUGUCAUGAUUUUGUCUGUGACCUGCAGUGCAGACAGCGACCUGGAGGGGGCGGUGGUGGAGGUGAUUGACCAUCACCUGCUGGAGAGAGAGCCCUCCCCCUCCUGCCCUGUUACCGUGGAGAUGGUGGGGUCCUGCGCUACCCUGGUUACAGAACGCAUCAUCCAAAAGGCUCCAGAAAUCCUGGACCAGCAGCUCGCACAGCUUCUCUAUGGUAACACACACACACACACACACACACACACACACACACACUCACACUCACACAGACAUGGUGUUUUAAUAUCCAGGUGUUGUGUUGUCCUUUUGUGUGUGAUUGAAGCUGCAGUGGUACUGGACUGUGUGAACAUGGCGCCCUCUGCAGGUAAAGUGACGCCCAAAGACAGUCAGGUGGCCGCGUCGUUGGAAAGUCGAUUCCCUGCUCUGCCUCCGCGGGGUGCUCUCUUCAACACGCUGCAGAACGCCAAGUUUGACGUCUCAGGUUAGAGUUCAAAUACUGCUCAGUACUGCUCCGUGUACCUGUAGUAUUAAACUCUCAGAGUGAAGUACUGUGUGUUAAAUACUGCAGUAUUGUGUGGUAAAUACUGCAGUACUAUGUGGUAAAUAAAGUGCAGUACUGUGUGGUAAAUACUGCAGUACUGUGUAGUAAAUAUACUGCAGUACUGUGUGUUAAAUAAAGUGCACUAGUGUGUGGUAAAUCCAGCAGUACUGUGUGGUAAGUAUACUGCAGUACUGUGUAGUAAAUAUACUGCAGUUCUGAGUGUAGUGAAUGUGAGGAUUCUCCUUCAGGUCUGAACACAGAGCAGAUGUUGUUGAAGGACAUGAAGGCGGUUUCUGGAGGUUUGAAUCUCGCUGUCUCUGUUCUCUACAUCACACUGGAGGUUAGUUCUUGUACACACCUGAAGUACACACUGUACUACACACUCAGUAACAUUGAGAUAUCUUUCUGAGAUAUGAAAUAAUAUUUAAAAAAAAUAAAUUCACUUUUAUGUUUGUUUGGUGACUUACAAUCAUGUAAACUGACAGCAGGGGGAGACAGAGAGCUGCCCUGAACCAUAGACUGUGGCCGAGUCUCAUUUCAGAGACCGCAUUGGGAUAAGCGCGCUUAGCUGAGCGCACUGCCGUUAUGUGCCGUUAUAUGGACUUAAGUACCCUUCCUGUGUCCCAUUUCACCGUCGAACACUGUCGAACAGUUGCAUUUGAAGCGUGCGUGAGCUCAUCACGUGGCACGAACUGUGUCCCAUUUGGCACAAAAUGCUCAGCGUGCUUUAAAUUCGGUCUCAAAACCACACUACCCCCGCCCCUUUUUCAAGCAUGCAUUUAUGCACGCUUUCGUUCUGUUGGUAUCCCAGAGUUCUUUGCGUGCCGCUGUACAGCUGCGCAUUUCAAGUGAGAGGCUGGACUCGCUUGGAGACACAGCGCGUCUUCAAAGAAAAUAAAAGAAAUCCAAAAACAGCAGACAGUCAGCUCAGGCUGUAUGAGAGCAUGAUCUCUGAACUCACUAAAAUCUGUAAACCAAACAUUAUAGAUUUAGAGACGAACUGAUCCGCUCUGCUACAACAAUCAAAAACAUUAAAAAUAAGAAAGCUGACAAAACUACAGCAGAGGAUCAGGACGUCAUUGAGGUUUUUUUUCUUGUAAGAUUUAGAGAUUAAAGUUGAAAAUUUAGGAGAAUAAAGUCAUAAAGUAAAUAAAGUCAUAAAGCUGCUUUUGUGGAGGAGGAAAUGACUGAAGCUGGUCAUCUGCAGGGUUAUCUGUGGAUGUAUCAGUGGGUCAUUCAGAGAGUUUUUGUGGUUUCUGAAGAAACAAUCCAACUGAUGAUGAUGAACAUUUGAGAUCCAGAGGGAGUCGAGCUCCGACGAGCACCACGUCUCUGACACCGGCGGUAACCUACACCUGCAGAGACACCAACACCUUAUUAUGGCAUAUGGAUUCAUAUCAUAAACUAAAGCUCAAUGUCAUUCACGGAUAUUUACGGCUGCAUAAACGGAUAUAUCCUCAGCAUAUUCAUUUCUGCCUCCACAAAAGCAGCGAUUUCCUUCAAGUACACCUGUUUUUUUUCCCUGUGGAAAAGACGUAUUUCUCAUAUAUUCUUUUUUUAAGUCUUUAUACUUGUGACAAUGUGAUGCUGAUGUGCCAGAGGAUGAAGUAUCUCCUUGUUUGUGAAACCUAUACUGAAGUUCCUUUAAAUGCUUCAUGGCCCUAAUUUUAACAACUCUCCUCUGAAAUAACAGGUAACCUUACGACUUUAUUCUCGAAAAUUCACGACUCUAAAUCUCAAAGUCUUUAAAAAAAAAUUCUCAAUAUGGCCCUCAUACUCCUUCAUACAAAACAAUCAUUCGAUGAAUUUUGUGGGAAUGAUCUGUGCUUGUCUCUGCAAAGUCGCACAAUUAAAAAGUAAAUGCUGCGCUCCGCGGGUUUUCUUUAAGUCAGUCGUGACGCAAGCCUGAGGGCGGGGACAUUUGGGGGACUCAACCAGAAAGUCCUCCGAAGGUCGCCAAAUGUCCCCGCCCUCAGGCCCAUUCCCACAAAAUUCAUCCAAUGAUUGUUUUGUAUAAAGGAGUAUGAGGGCCAUAUUGAUUUUUUUUUUUUAAAGACUUCGAGUCGUGAAUUUACGAGAAUAAAGUCAUUAAUUUAUGAGAAUAAAGUCGUAACCUGUUAUUUCAGAGGAGAGUUGUUAAAAUUAGGGCCAUGAGGCAUUUAAAGGAACUUCAGUAUAGGUUUCACAAACAAGGAGAUACUUCAUCCUUUGGCACAUCAGCAUUACAUUGUCACAAGUAUAAAGACUUAAAAAAGAAUAUAUGAGAAAUACGUCUGGUGUACUUGAAGGCAAUCGCUGCUUUUGUGGAGGCAGAAAUGGAUAUGCUGAGGAUAUAUCCGUUUAUGCAGCCGUAAAUAUCCGUGAAUGACAUUGAGCUUUAGUUUAUGAUAUGAAUCCAUAUGCCAUAAUAAGAUGUUGGUGUCUCUGCAGGUGUAGGUGACCACCGGUGUCAGAGACGUGGUGCUCGUCUGAGCUCGACUCCCUCUGGAUCUCAAAUGUUGAUCAUCAUCAGUUUGAUUAUUUCUUCAGAAACCACAAAAACUCUCUGAAUGACCCGCUGAUACAUCCACAGAUAACCCUGCAGAUGACCAGCUUCAGUCAUUUCCCCCUCCACAAAAGCAGCUUUAUGACUUUAUUUACUUUAUGACUUUAUUCUCCUAAAUUUACAACUUUAAUCCCUAAAUCUUAAAAAAAAAAAAAAAAAAAAAAAACUCAAUUUUGUCCUGAUCCUUUGCUGUAGUUUUGUCAGCUUUCUUAUUUCUAAUGUUUUUAAUCGUUGUAACAGAGCGGAUCAGUUCGUCUCUAAAUCUAUAAUGUUUGGUUUACAGAUUUUAGUGAGUUCAGAGAUCAUGCUCUCAUACAGCCUGAGCUGACUGUCUGCUGUUUUUGGAUUUCUUUUACUUUCUUUAAAGGCGCGCUGCGUCUCCAAGCGAGUCCAACCUCUCACCCGAAAUGCGCAGCGGCACGCAAAGAAUUCUGGGAUACCAACGGCAUGAAAGCGUGCAUAAAUCCACGCUUGGAAAAAUGCUAAGCGUGCUUAGCAUUUUUGGGACACCGUUCGCGCCGCGUGAUGACAUCAUGCACGCUUCAAAUGCGCCGUUCGGCGCCGUUCGACAGUCCGGUCUCUGAAAUGGGACACAGCCUGUAUAUACUAUGGACAACUUGGUUCCGCCUACCGCCUGUAUAUGGAUUGUAAGCCAAAUAGCUCUCGGUAUUUACAAGAUUUUUCUUCACUUCCUGAAACCGACGCUGCGCAGUAGCGAUGCGCGCAUUCGGCCGCGCAGUCGCCGAGAGUCAGUGUGAUGACGCUCGGCAGGCGUGCUGAGUGAUGUGAAUGAGAACUGACUCUGCGUGUGUGUGUGUGUGUGUCAGGACUUCCUGCAGAGGGCGGGGCUGGAGGCGGAGCUCUCAGAUUUCUGUUCAAAGUUUGGCUUCGACCUGCUGCUGCUGAUGACAAUCUCCUUUAACGAGAGCAAGGAGCCAAUCAGAGAGCUUGCUGUGUUCAGCCACAGCAACACCUGCAGGCAACAGGUAAACAUCUGCACCAACUCACCAGUCAGUCAAUUUCUUUUCCCCGAUUAAGCUGUUAUUACAGUGUUAUUUUAAGUUGCUAUGACAACUCAGGUGUCCUCUCUGCUCAGGUAAGCCACUUCCUGGAACAGGCCCGUAACCCUGCCCUAAAGCUCUGUCCAAUCAGCAGCCCCCAUCCUCACAUCACAGCCUAUCAGCAAGGUAAGCCCCUCCCCCAAACCGGUCUCAACAGGUGCGUCUAUUGAUAAUAAUAAUAAUAAUAAUAAUAAUAAUAACAAUAACAAUAAUAAUGAUGAUAACAAAAAAAUAAUAAUUAUAACAAUAAUAAUAGCACUUUUAUUUCUAUAGCACUUUUAAAAACAAGAGCCAACAAAGUGCUUCAACAUGCAGGAAAACAAAGAAGAUAAAAACAACAGAACAACAAGAGAACACGUAGGGGGGAAAUGUCACAUGACUGACAAUAAAGACAUAAAAUAAAAAUUGGUGGAAGACAUAAAAGCUAUGAUGAAUGUCACAUGAGCUGAAGGGUCAAUAACAUGAAGACAUUAAAAUAAAGAGAUUAUAAAAGCCCAUCUUAUAAAGAUGCUAAAAUAGGGGUAAUGUGAUGUCAUCUGGUAAAACCACAGUCCCGCUGAAGACACCUGACAGACGAUGAUGGUCAGGUGUCAUUGGUGGUCAGUUGGUUUUGGCGCUGUGGGCGGGGGCUAAAUCGUGAGCCUCAGGUGUGACCCUCCUGAUGUCAAGACCCUCCUGAACCAGAAAACCUCAUCAGAGCUUCACCUGGACUAAGAAGAAAGAGAACUAGACUUGCUCAGUGUCCAAAGUCCUGUUUCCAGAUGAAAGUUUAGUUCUUGUUAGGAAAGUCUGGAGGAAGAUCCAAAAGAACCAGAAUCCAAGGUGCUUUAAGUCCAGCGUGAAGUUUCUGUGAUGGUUUGGGGCGCCAUGUCAUCUGCUGGUCUAAUGUUAUGAUUAUGUUCAGAUUCCACCAGGAGAUCCCAGAGACCUUUAUCUGCUGAGAAGCUUUAUGGAGAUCCAGGUUUCCUUUCUCCAGCAGGACCUGGGGUCCAUUUCACGUAGCAGGUUUAAUGGAAACUCCGAGUUUGUUAACCCUGAAAUCAGGGAAACUCUGAGUUUUCCGUUUCACAAAGGAGGGUUAGUUAAACCAGGGAGAGAGGGGUAACUCUAACCUGUUUCACAAAGAGAGGUAACUCAACCUCGCGGUCAGUUACCACAGUAACAGACUCCGUGAACCUAACCUGCUCGGGAGCAGGUUUAACUCAGUAAACCCAGAGUUUCAGGUGAGACAUCAACAUUUUCUCAUUUUGAUCAUGUUUUACAUUGUCAAGUAAGUAUUAAGUGGCAGUUUGUUCCCUUAAAAAAUGCUCUUUUCACACUCAAAACUGAAUUUUACUCUCUUAUUAUGUUCCGUUAAAUGAUUAGGAAUAUUAAACUAACACAAAAACGGGUGGUGGUCCAGCAGCCCCACCUUUAACGGAGUACAUAUGUACAUAUACAUACUGAGAGUUAGUUUAAUAUUCCUAAUCAUUUAACGGAACAUCAUAAGAGAGUAAAAUUCAGUUUUGAGUGUGAAAAGAGCAUUUUCUAAGGGAUCAAACUGCCACUUAAUACUUACUUGACAAUGUAAAACAUGAUCAAAAUGAUUCAAGCAGUUUCCCUGCAACAGUCUGUCAUUGUGAUUGCGCGAGACUAGAUUUAAAGUUACGCAUUGACGCGGGCAGCGAUUUCCUCCCAAGCCCUCUCCCUCUCCUUUGCAGCUGCUGCUGUAUUGCACUUUCUUUUAAAAACGUGCUGUAAUUCGCUGUUGGCUUGCUGCUGCCCCCUCCUUCUGCCUGUUUCCAUUGGUUGAUCAUUGAAUCUGCGCUCCACAGAUGCUGGCUGUUUAUGUCUGGCGUGCACGUGCUUAACUCCAGGUCAAACUCCUCGGAGUUGUUAAAACCGUCUCAAAUCAGGUAUUGUGAAACCGGAAACUCAGAGUUUCCUAACUCAGAGUAGAUCAACUCAGAGUUAAGGAUUUAACUCAGAGUUUGUUGAACCACCUACGUGAAACGGACCCCUGGACCCUGUCCACAGUGCCAAAACCUUGUUACCUCAGUAUUUAGGGUCGCAAUGUCAUCGUCUUUCAGGUCCACAAGUCCAGAUCUGGUCCUGACAGGUUUUCUUUUUAUUUAUCUAUUUUUAAACUCUUUUUUUUAUUGAUUUCACUUAUCAAUAUUCCAUCAUCAUUUUACAUACAUUGAACAAAUUUCCAACUGAAUAGAAUAUUUUCAUACUUCUCCACCGUGGAGCAGAGACAUAGUUCGACAAACUAAACUCUUAAGUAAAGUUCCAGUAUAAUAACUGUGAAGUAAAAUCAAACACUUUUCACUCAUGUCCUUUUUUUCACUCCUCUCUCUUUCAUUGUCUCUUUUCUCCUGUUGGAGGGUAAACAUAUUAAACAUAUGAACAAUGAACAAAUUAGUAGCCUGAACCAAAGGGAUCAAUAAUCUAUAAUAAACAAUGUCCUUACUGCACAAAGUCUGCUCUCAUUGAGACACAAAAUCAGCCCAGUUUUUCUUGUGGUUUUUAAAAGUUUCAGUUUUUAGUCGAGAUGAGAAAGUCAGCUUCUCCAUUCUAUAUUUAUCGAUCAUCACCUCGACCCAAUCCUCAAUUUUUGGUUCAUCUGUUUUUAGACAAUUUCGACUGAUGGUCUUUUUAGUCUCCACCAACAUUAUUGUAAAUCUGUAUUUUUCUCCUGACCUUGUUAUCUCCUGGUUAUCUUUUCCCAAAUAUAAAACUUCAAAUCUAAGUGGAAGUUUUAAAUGUUUUCCAUACUCUUCUUUAAUAAGGUAUAAUACCAGAGCAUCCCCAAAAAAGACGAAAAUGAUCUGCCUUAUUCUCCCCACAUAGUCUCCAACAUCGUGUGUCUCCAGAUUUCUGUUGUUUUGGUGUAAUAAAGUAUCUCACAAUAUUUAUCCAACCAUAUUCUCUCCAUGAGACGGAGCAUAUUGUUUUCCACUCUCCUUCAUUUACGUCCUCCUCUGAUAAUUCCCUCUCAGCCUCUUUUUCCCAUUUUUCUUUUAUAGAUGUUUUAUUUUUGACCUUUAAUUUUUUGACUUCUUUAUAUAGUUUUGAGAUCAAUAUGGUCUGAAUCAGAUGCUGAGAUGAAUAAUUUAAUGAUCCCUGAGCUCAUCUGAAUUUAACUUUUUUAUAGUUUGCUCCAAAUAAUGCCGCAUUUGUAAAUAUAUGUGUAAAUCUUGAUUGUUUAAUCCAUAUUGAUUUUUCAGAUCCUGAAAACUUUUGAUUACCUUCUUUUUAAAAAGUUCCCAAAAUAUUUUUGGUCUUACUUCCCAUCAACUGAAUCUACUAUCUGCUGUGUUUGGUACAAAGUCUGAAUCAUAUUCAAUCGAUUUCAAUACUUUACUCUGAUCAAUCAGUUUAUUCUUUGAUUUAAUCUCAAAUCAGAUCUUUAAGGAGACCCCCAGCCAUGGGUUGAACUCCUCUUGAAGAUGUUUCCUCACUUUUAUAUCAUUUAUUAUUGCUCAUGUUUCUCAUUAUUUUAAAGGAAACUCUCUGGCGUCCCGUAAGAAGCUCCUCCCCAUUGUGAAGGACUUCCUGAAGGGGCUGGAUGGAGAGGGUCAGGUGGGAGAUGCCGAAGAAGAGGAGGAGUCUAAGGUCCCACCCACCCCGAUGAACAGUCUGGUGGAGGGCUGCCCCCUGGAUGAAGGCCCGCCGUACAUCAGUGCCCACGACCUCGAGGAAAAGUUCAGCAAGAUGGCACGCACUGACCUCUGACCUGCCAGCUGUCAAUCGUCAGGAUGUUCUGUCUGCUGAUCUGAUGAGGACGAUGAUGAAGGUAGCACACAGAGCAGCAUCAUCAUCAUCAGAUGCUCAGAGGAGCCGCUGGAGGUCAGCCUUUCAAAAUAAAAGUCUGUGUGUUCAUGAGCGCGUUCGGCCUCAGUCACAUGACUUCAACCACCAAAUGAGACAAUCCAAACGCCCCUAGUGUUACAGGCACACAGGGGCGCCACAGCCUGCAGCUAAUGAUUACUAUCAGUAUUGAUUUUAGGUUUUGUAGAUUUAUGAAAGAAUAGUUGAUUUUUUUUUUCCUUUUUUUCUUCCACAAAGUUUCAAAAAAGCAGAAAAUUAAAGUGAGCUCUUAUUUUGAAUGGUUUAGUUUACUGUGAACUCUUACACACUGGUACGCACUUAAGAGAGAAAAUAAUAAAAGCUCACACAAGAGGGUCUGAAAUCUAGUUACUUAUUUCUAGAUUCAGUUUUUAUUUCAGCAUCAAACCCGAAGAUCCGUCAGAUUUUAAAUCAAGUUCAGAGAAAUAAUCUGAUGAGAUUUAAUCUGUUUUAGUUCAAAUAGUUACGUUAUAAAACAUGAAUGAUCUUAAAAACAGUAAAAUCUGCAUGGAGUCUGGUCCUAAUGUGGAGCUCUAUAUAAACUGACAAUAAGAAAACUGAAAACCAAACCCCAUUCAGUUUUCAGACUAAACCCUGUGACGUGUCUCUGAUAGGUCUGACUGCAUGUUCAUGUUUGUAAACAAUCCAGGUGAGAUCCUGUUCAGUCUGUAACCCCGCACCCCACACCUGCUUUUAACCUGUGAUCCACACCCGGAUCUCUGAUCUGAACCACAAAGUCUGACAAAGUGAAACUGAAACUUUGUGAAAUAAAGUUUUUACCUGCUGAAGAUCCGAC